AUGGGUAAGAUUUUUGCGAAGGUUCUGAUCAACAUAGGCUUAAUACCACUUCUUUUGGCAAGCUCGACAGUCGAGAAGGAUAAAUUUCCAGAACCAUUGACAAAAGCAAAUUUUGAAGAGGAAUUAUCACAAGGACUGCACAUUGUGGAGUUUUACAGCCCUUAUUGUUCUCACUGUAAAACUCUAGCUCCGACGUGGAAGGAUACAUGGGAAACAUUCCAUGAAGAAGGUGAAAAAUUGAAUAUUAGAUUUUCCCAAGUGGAUUGCAUUGAAAGUGGUGAUUUAUGUUCAGAACAGAACAUUGAAUAUUUCCCAACAAUAAGAUUAUACGGUCCAGGUCAGAUGAUAAAGACUUAUCCCUCAAAUGGAAAAAGAACCAAAGAAGCUUUCAUAAAUUUUGCUAGAAAGGAAGCUCUAGAUCCGUCAAAUAUUGAUCCUGCUGACUGGAAAAGUCAAAGUAACCUUCUAACAGAUUUCGAUAUGAUUAACUUGUUAGGUGGUAAGGGGGAGAAGCCAUUUCUAAUUUCUUUCUGGCCAAGUAUGGGAAUGAAGAGUACUGAUGAUGCUACUGAAUUUUUAAAUUGUGAAGAAUGCCUGGCAUUUCAACGGACUUGGAAGCUGCUCUCAAAUAGCUUACUUUCCUCAGGAAUCGCGACAGGACAUUUCAAUUGUCUAGAUUAUGAAACCAUAUGUAGGGAGUUAGGUUUCUCCAACCUAGCGACACAAUCCGCAUCUCGAGAAAUUAAUGUACCAAGAGUGGCCCUAAUCAUUCCUAAUAAGGAAUCGAAUAACCUUCAUUUAUACAAGAGGCCUUUUACGUUGAACACCGAUCCAUAUGAAGACUUUGCCACUAGAAUGGCCUACAACAGUCAAGUUCCCGAAAUAUCUUUGGAUGAGCUUUCUCAGAUAAUGAAAAAGGACCUGAAUUUUGAGAGAAAUAGCAAAUCAUCUGUUUUCAAGCAAGAUAUCCACGUGGUAUUCUCUUAUAACACCACUACAGUUGUACCGGAAGAUUUUGAUAUUUUAGAACAUGUCUUCGAGCAGGUUAUUGAUAUACCGCAUGCGUAUCUUCAUAAAACUGACAAAAACCUGAUGGACCUGAUGAGGAAUGGUUACGAAGAAUUAUAUCAAAUAAUCAAUUAUAAUAAUAGUGAGCCACUAAAAAUUUUGGAUGAUAACUUCUUCGCGUUGAAUACCAUCACCCAAUUCCCAACAUUUUUCAUUUUUAAAGAUGGAGAUUUAAUAGCAAAUGUGUUUCCUGGCUAUUCUACUACUGAGAUGAGGAAUAUUGAUUUGAUUAUGUCAUGGAUUCAUCAGUAUACAAAACCAUUAAUUUCUGAACUUACACUAUCAAAUUUUGAGGACAUGCUUUCUUUCGAACGAAAAUUAUACAGCCAGCUGGCAAUUCUUUUCGUUAACACAUCUGAUACUAACAGCAUUCUUGAAAGUCAAAAUGGUCUCAGAAGUCUAAGGCUAGCAGCUUAUGAUUUUGAAGAUGUUAGGAUCAAAAGUAACUUUGAAAAAGUACUGACUACCAGAAGGAAAAAAAAAGAAAAUGUGAAACUAUUAAAAGGGAAGGGUUCCAAACCGGCCAAUAUUGUACAAGCAAUGCGCCAAGAAAUUGAGCAUGACGAUGGCUCAAGAGUCCUUUUAACUUACAUCGACAUUAAUGAAGAAAGCAAUUUUCUCCGAGAACUUAACCCAUCAAUGGAGAACAAAGAGCCCCAUGUGGGUGAUGUGGUUCUUAUUGACAAAAUACAUAGCAAAUUGGUUGAGAAAAAUGUCAAUGGAGAGUUUUUAUCUACUUCCUCUCCAUAUGAUAUCAGAGAGAUGAUGUUAGCGGUAGGUAUACCCAGGAAAUCCACACUCUCUACACUCUUUACAAUCCCAUUGGCAAAUGACACAAAAAAAUAUUCUUCUCUUCUAGGAAUGACUGGGAUGUUCGCUGUGUUAUUUGUACUCGCUGGUGUUGUGUUCUCUAUUUUUACCUACAAGCUUUAUAGACGCCGUAGAAUAAUGUGGAAUUACAAAACUAAAAGGAAUACAGGCGGUUUAUUAGGGAAGGCGGACAAGAAAGAAUUUCAGGAUUAA